AUGGCGAGACUAGAGCUCGCCGAUACCUUGUUCACUGAGACUGACCAUGAGCUUAGAACUGCGGAAAUCGCGGCCAAUUCUCCUCGCUUUCGUCGGAGAUCUUCAACUUUCAUCGAUGGAGUUCAUGAUUUGCCAGAUGAGAAGGCCACUAUGGCGCCAGCUCAAUUGUAUUCAACUGAGUCAGGUAGACUUUUCCAUUCUGGAAGAAUCGCUAUCGUCCUAGUUGGUCUUCCUGCGCGUGGAAAAACACAUAUCUCUGUCUCACUUUCGCGUUAUUUACAAUGGUUGGGUGUCAAGACAAGAAUCUUCCAUCUAGGGGAUUAUCGUCGUGCUACAAUGGGCCCAGGUCAGGAUGUCCCUGAUGAUUAUUUCUUUAUCAAUGCAUCUGCUGCUUCAGUUAUGCUUAGACAAAAGAUUCUCAAGAAAUGUCGUGAAGAUAUUUAUGCCUGGCUCAAUCACGAAAAUGGUCAAGUUGCUAUCUAUGAUGCUGUCAACCCACUUUCCGGUGGUCGCAGAUCUCUCGCAAAAGAGUUUGCUAAGCAUGAUGUUCAGACGUUGUUCCUUGAAUCAUAUGUUACGGAUGAAAAGAUACUUCAGGAGAAUGCUCGAAGUGUCAAAAUAUCAUCUCCAGAUGUAAAGCUCCCUUCAGAGUGUUGGAAGUACCAGGAUGAUGCUAAGAUACCACAAUCGCAGUUUGUUGGCAUGGAUCCUGAGGACGCUGCCAAACUUUAUCUCAAGAGGAUUGACAUGAAGAUUCCUCAUUUCGAAACUAUGACUGAACCUGACCUUAACUAUGUCAAGAUGAUCAACGCUGGUGAGCGCAUUGAUUAUAAUAACGUCAGCUUUGGCUAUCUUUCCCAUCGGAUCGUCUUCUACCUCAUGAAUCUCCAUAUCAAAUCCCGUCAAACUUUUUUCGCUCGUGCAGGCACAUCUAGUCUAGAUGAUUCCUACAAAGCCGAUGCAUCACUCUCUGAUGAAGGUCGAGAAUACGCUAAGAAAAUGUCUGAUGCAUUACUCAAACAUCGUGAAGAAGAGAGAGCAGCGUCUAUUGCAGCAGGUGGUUCUGAUGCACCUCUUAAACCACUGACAGUUUGGUCUUCGACUAGAAAGAGAACGGUAGAGACCGCGGAGUAUCUUAAAGGAAAGGGAUUUAGAGUUAGACAGAGAAGUCAAAUGAGUCAGUUGAAUCCGGGAAUUUGCGAGAAGUUGAGUGAAAAGGCGAUGAAGAGACUGUAUCCCGAUGAAGUCAGAAUGCAUGAAUUGGACCCUUACCAUCAUAGAUACCCGCGUGCUGAGUCAUACCAUGACCUUGCAGUCCGCAUGGAACCAAUUAUUCUCGAGCUCGAGAGAGAACAGAAUGAUCUGCUUAUUAUUGCUCAUGAAUCCGUUUUGAGGGUUCUUUAUGGUUAUCUAAUGGCUUGUGAUGCUAUGAAUAUUCCUACACUCAAGUUCCCUAGAAAUGAAAUUAUUGAGAUCAUUCCCGCCUCCUACCAAAAUGAAGCAAAACGGAUCCACAUCGAUGGACUCGCACCAGAAAUCAUUCCGAGCUCCCCAGAAGAUAUUAGAAUUCCUGUUCCACCAUCUACUGCUCCUUCGGGUGUUCAAAGUCCCUUUUCAGGAAUCGGAACGCCAGCUUUGGGAGGAAGUGGGGUGGCUACACCUUCUGGGGAGAAGAUCGGAGGGGGAAAAGGGGAGUUGAAAGGGAUUAAUCCUCUGUCGCAGGACUAG